UUUCAGUCGACGUUUCCACCGCUGGCGUGAAAUGGGCCGAUCGCAACUGCAGUACCGGCGCGGCCGCGGUCGCGGGGUAGGGCCGGCGGGCCGUGGCGAGCGCGUACCCGCGCACCUGCGCAACCUCGAGAGCAAUGCAUACCGCUUCCAGGAGGACGAGGCCGUCGACGAGAAUGAACUCGAGGACGACGUCGACGAGCCGCCGCCGACGGGGAAGCAGGACUUGCGCUACAAUCCCGACAUCCAGCACAUGCCGGCGUCGACCAGCACGGGCGGCAUCGGCUACUUUCAGUCCAAGACCGAGCGCGAGUGGGAGGCCGACCUCGAGGCCAUGAAGCCCAACGACGUUUCGCUGGACUUCAAGGUCAUUGGCGACCAUCUCCAGACGCUACCGCCCGCAACGCGCUACGACAUUGACCCCAAGUACUGCAUCGAUCUAGUCUUUGAAGCGCCGGAGAGUCCCGUGAAAUCCACACUGCCGCCGACACCGACACCAACGCCUGUCAUAGCGGUCCCUACUGCGCCCGUCGUCGUUACCCCAGUGGUCAAGCCCGCGGCAGCCAAACCGGCCGUCGUGGCCAAGGCGACACCGCCCCCUGCGCCCGUGGUGCCCAAGCCGGCGCCACCUCCAGCGCACGCGGCUCUGGACGACGAGCUCGACGAGCUGCUCAACAUGUAAUGCAAUCGUGGACAAUAAGGAAUCAUUCCAUUUGUUGACAUCGACUAAGUCUCUAAUCCUAAGGUACCAAUACGCGGUGGUGGG